UAAACUGGCAGUGGUAAUGGCUUUUAUGAUUUACGGUUACCUACUUCAUUUUGAUAGUUGUGAUGUGUAAUAAAAAAAUAACAGUUCAAAUUUGUUAUAAUAUUAGUGAAUAGGUUCACAACAUUUCUAAGAAUUUUCAGAAACGCCAGAAAUCCUAUUUUCGUUUAGUGCAAAAAAUCUAUCAUGUCUUUAGACACAGUACCUAAAGAUUUAAGAGGCCUACGGGCCUGUUUAGUAUGUUCUUUGAUUAAGACAUUUGAUCAAUUCGAAUAUGAUGGAUGCGACAAUUGUGAUGAAUUUCUUCGUAUGAAAAAUAACAAGGAUAAUGUAUAUGAUUGCACAAGUAAUAAUUUUGAUGGCAUGAUUGCUGUUAUGAAACCUGCCGAUAGUUGGGUUUGCAAAUGGCAAAGAAUUAGUCGGUUUUGUCAGGGAGUUUAUGCAAUCUCAGUCUCCGGACGACUUCCAGCAGGGGUUAUUAGGGAAAUGAAAAGCCGUGGUAUUGCUUACAGACCUCGUGAUACCAGUCAACGAUAAAUAACUGACACCAAUUCACUAUUAACAUACUAACCAAUAGAAAUAAAUAUUUUUAUAUUUA